UGAAUCAUGAGCUCUACACCCUCUACAAAUCCCAAAACCUGUUAACCUUCUCCUAGUCCCAGCGAAUCUGUGUUCAGAGGAUCCAGACAUGGAGGUGGUCUCAGCAGUGCCCUCUAUCGACUUAAGCUUCGAGAGCACGACCUCCACUCCAUACAUCACCGCUCCUUCGAGCCCUCAAGCGUUCCGCAACUUCUUCAAUCCAUCCACAAUUCCUCCGACGUCUCCGCCUAGUCCUGGUCGCCCAGAUUUCGAUCUUUGUUUGCGUGAAGAAUUCCAUGAGAUCUCCCUCGUCCCGGACGAGGACAAAGAUGAGGGCUCGUGGCACGACAACCCACGGUUCUCCAUAGCCUUCGCAUGGGAGAACGCCCUGCCGAUGAUGAUCCAUGCGAAGAAAGAGGAUGGAUGCGUCGUCGAAGAUGACGAUGGGAAAGACUUUGCGUUCGAUUUCAGCAGGGGUUUAGGUGAGAGUUCCACCAUGUCUGCUGACGAGCUCUUCCAUGGCGGCAAAAUCAGACCCUUGAAGUCACCACCUCUUCAGUCACCAGCUGAGUCACAAGACGGCAACAUUGGUGGAGUCUUGCCUGCUAAACGUGAUGGGGGAAAAUUACUUGAACCUGUCCAGAUUAGUCGAGUUGAAGAUUUUGAUAUGCCGUGUUAUCAACAAAAAGGGGGAGAGCGUGGUCGAGAGAGAAACGGCCGACCAUCGUCAUCGUCUUCCUCUCGUAAGGGGACGAGAUCUCUCUCACCCCUGAGAAUAUCCGACAUUUUGCUCGACCGAGAUGAUGAGGAUUUGGAGAAUUCAGGACUGAACAUCCAUAAGAAUUCAUCGUCGUCGUCGUCUUCUUCUCUUUCUUCUUCUUCCAACUACUUCUCGUCUCUGAUAUCGUUCUCGAAGGGUGAUAAGAAAAAAUGGAGUUUCAAAGAUCUGUUAUUGUUCCGAAGCGCAUCGGAAGGCCGGGGUACGAGCAAGGACCCAUUCAGGAAGUACUCCUCUGGAUUCAAGCGAGGAGAGAUCGCUGGUCGUCCAGUGUCGAGCUCGAGUCGGCGGGCGACUGAGUCGACUCACGAGUUGCAUUACAGGAUGAAGAAAGCAGCUGCGGAGGAGAUGAAGAGGAGGACCACCUUGCCCUACAAGCAUGGCUUCCUCGGAUGUUGGGCUAACGGUGGCGGCAGCCGGCACGAGAUCACGAGCGGUUUUGGGUCCCUGACGCGUGGAACAUGAUCAUCUCCUCAAUUUUCAAUGGGUUUUUCCUUCCGAAAGAAAAUUUAUUACGCAAACUCAGUUUAAGCACUUCACAUCAUCAAUAGUUAUGGCGACGUUGAUAUAUAUAAAUUAAAUCUAUAUACUAACUUCUUCCUUAAAUGGUGUUACUUCAUUCCUGAUACUUGUGUAUUCUGUUUUCUCUCGUGAAGAAUUAUUCCUAUUU